UUAUUCUUGAUUUCUUUUAGGUAUUUAUCUUGUUGCAAUUUUGCAAAAUGGGGAAACUUGGUAAGAAGGCUAGGAAAUUCGCAAAGAAGAAUCUUCAAUCUGUACUUAAAAGAAAGCGGAAAACUAAUUCUAUGUUCAAACGAAAAAAGUCAUCGAGAGAUAAAGGUGAUACAUCUGAUGAAAAUUUUGGAUCCAUCACAGACCUGUCCAAUGGAAGAAACUCUGAUGGUGAAGCUUUUGGAUAUGCGACUCUUGAUGUCAUAUUCAGUGAAUAUGCUAGUGACACCAUGGAAGAUGCUUCUGACAGUGAUGGGUUUUUCUCAGAGGAUGCGAGCUGCCCGUACUUUGCUGAAAGUGAACAUGAGAAUGAUUCUGAAGAUGUUGGUGGUCAUAGUGCAUUAUUGGGACAUAACAAAGAAAUUCACUUGGAACUUGCCAAGCAAAAGAAGAAACUGGACAUUUUAAAGAAAAAGGAUCCAGAAUUUGCAAAAUUUUUGGAAAGUUACAAUGAAGACCUUGAGCAAUUCAGUAGCGAAGCAUCUGAUUCUGAUGUAGAAGGUGAGAAAAGUGAUCAGGGGAAUCAGGAAGCAGGUGAAGAUUGCUCAAAUUUAAGUGAUGGCAAGGUUUUCACUAGCUCCACUAUUGAUAUAUGGUCUCAAUUGGUCAUGGAGCAGAAUAACACUUCUGCCCUUCCUAAUCUACUAAAUGGGUACCGCACGGCCUGCCACUAUGGAACGGAUAACAUGGAUUCUGAGUUGUCUUGGAGAAUUCAGAAGAGCAAUACUUUCUGCAAGAUACUGAUGUUCAUGCUUUGUGAGGCAGAUGGUAUAUUUAGAAGACUUCUGGGAAUCUCAAGUGCUAAUAGCAAGAAAGAGAACAUUUUGGAGUUGAAGAAUAAUUCAAAAUGGAAAAUAGCAAAGCCACUGAUUAAGUCUUAUUUGAGGAGCACUCUUUUCCUUUUGAAUCAGGUCACCAAUUCUGAGAUUCUGGGCUUUGUGAUAACUCGCCUCAGAGCAUCUAUUAUUUUCUUUCCUGCUUUUCCAUCUUUGCUACGGAGACUCAUCAAGGUUUCAGUUCAUUUGUGGGCUACUGGGGGAGGCACUCUUUCACAAUCCUCAUUUCUCAUCUUGCGGGAUGUAGCUCUGUUACAAUGUUCAGACUGCUUUGAUACCUGCUUGGUUAAAGCAUAUAAGGCCUUUAUUGCACACUGCAAGUUUGUGGAGCCCGCUAAUCUGCAACACAUACAAUUUCUUGGUGACUCCCUUGUCAAGCUUUGUUCGGCGGAUGUGCAGAAGUCAUUCAGCUGGGCAAUGGUCACUGUCCAACAGCUAGCAAAGAUAAUGCAGCACAGUUUUAAAACGAAGAGAAAGGAAGCAUUAAAGAAGUUAUCUAAUUGGCAGUACAUUAACUGCAUUGAUCUCUGGGUCAAGUUUAUAUCCUCAAACAUUAGAGAUCAUGACAUCCAGCCGUUGCUUUAUUUGAUCAUUCAGGUUAUAAGUGGUGUAGCUCACCUUUUUCCUGGGCCACGAUACUUGCCGUUGAGACUGAAAUGCGUACAAAUGCUCAAUCAUCUUUCCAUUUCUAGUGGGGUUUUUAUCCCCGUCUCAUCGUUAUUGCUUGAUUCUCUGGAAUAUGGCAGAACAGGCAAGGUUGAUGUGAGACAUGGAAAAGCUUUCAGCUUUUCCUCUAUCCUGAAGGUGCCAAAACAAUGGUUCAAAUCACUGAAAUUCCAGGAAGUGUGCAUCCUUUCUGCAAUUGAGCUACUCUCAGCGCACUUUGCUCAAUGGAGCUAUCACAUAUCCUUCCCUGAACUAGCAACAAUUCCUCUGAUCCGCUUAAGAAAAUUCCAUGAGAAAACAAUUGGUGAAAGCUUAAGGCGUCCAGUGAAACGCUUAAUGGAUCAGGUUGAGCAGAACGUUGAAUAUGUGCAAAAGAAAAGAAAUGAGGUUGCAUUUUCACCAAAAGACGAGGAAUUGGUGCAAUCAUUUCUUCAGCUUGAGAAGUGUAGUGGAAAUACACCUUUUACUCAAUACUAUACGAGCAUUAUGAGAAAAUCUUUCCCAAGGCAUGGUCUUGAAGAAAAGAUAAGUGUGCAGAACCAGAAAACAUCAAGAAAGAAACCAGCGCAGCCUCUUGAGCAUGUGAUGGAUGUCAGCGAUAAUGGUGAAGUUUUAAAGAAUGAAAAUGUGAAUUCAAUCACCAAUGGAAGAAUGAAUGGGAGGAAAAAGAAGCAAAGAACUUGAUUGUGGAAGGCUUAGGUUUCACGGUGUUGCCAUGUGAAAGCUUGGUGAGAAACGAAGACAAAUGGAAGUACUCAUUAUCUGGGUUAAUUGUAUGACCAAUACUCAACUUGUGAAGGCUGAGGACUUCUACAGACCUGGAGAUGUUCUUGAAUUGUUGUCUUCCGAUCUGUCUGGGAGUCGAUUUUUAAGCCACAGGAUUUUCAUGCAUAUAGCUAUUUAUGCUUCUCUGCACCUUCAUGUUUAUCAUUUCUGAAGAUAAAUCUGUUGCUCUUGUUUUGCAAGAGAAUG